CUCCCUGUCUCUGUCUGUCUGUCUGUCUCUCUGCCUGAGGAUGUGGCUGAAGCUGUGCUUCUUGCUGCUGUACUUCCUGCUGCUCUUCGUGCUGGCCCGCUUCUUCGAGGCCCUGGUGUGGUACGAGAGCGGCGUGUUCGCCACGCAGCUGGUGGACCCGGUGGCCCUGAGCUUCAAGAAGCUGCGGACCAUCCUGGAGUGCAGGGGCAUCUGCUACGCCGGCCUGCCCGAGAAGAAGGAUGUCCGGGAACUGGUGCAGAAAUCCGGUGAUUUGAUGGAAGGUGAGCUUUAUUCUGCACUUCGGGAGGAGGAAUCCUCAGACUCUGUCACCAGCACUAACUUCAGCGGUGAGAUGCAUUUCUACGAGCAAGUGGAGGACACUAAGGAUGGGAUAUGGCUUGUCCAAGUGACCGAAUGGACAGGGAAAAUGAGAAAGGAAAUGAGGUUGAUGGACAGACAAAUCCGAGAUAUUCAGAGGGAAGAGGAGAAAGUCAAGAGGUCUGUGAAAGAUGCUGCAAAAAAGGGACAAAGGGACGUGUGUGUUAUACUUGCCAAAGAGAUUGUGCGGUCAAGGAAGGCUGUGAACAAGCUAUUUGCAUCAAAAGCGCAGAUGAACUCCAUCAUUAUGAGCAUGAAGAACCAGCUCUCUUUACUGAAGGUAUCUGGUUCCUUACAGAAGAGCACAGAGGUGAUGAAAGCCAUGCAGAGCUUGGUAAAAAUCCCUGAAGUUCAAGCUACCAUGAGGGAUCUGUCUAAGGAAAUGAUGAAGGCAGGGAUUAUUGAGGAGAUGCUUGAAGACACAUUUGAAAGCAUGGAAGAUGAAGACGAAAUGGAAGAAGCAGCAGAAAUGGAAAUUGACAGGAUCCUGUUUGAAGUUACUGCAGGUGCUCUGGGUAAAGCACCCCAGAAGGUCACAGACGCUCUCCCAGAGCCCGAAGCUGCAGGGGCUAUGGCUGUCCUGGACGAGAGCGAGGGGGAGGAAGACAUCGAGGAGAUGCAAUCCCGUCUAGCUGCUCUUCGGAGUUAAUCAACACCACUGUAAAGUAUUCUUGGCUUUAUUUCAGAAAGGUAUUUUGCACUUGGCAGUUUCUCUCUACCUUCCCCAACCUCGCCCCCCCAUCUCUUUCGGUUCUUAUAUCUGGUAUGCUUUUUAUUCUAAAGUAAAUACUGUCUUUUGUCAAGUGUAAAUGUCAAUGAACUUGUACAGAUGAAAAUGGAGUUUGCUGGAAAAUUACACUUGUGUUCAAUGUUACUCAUCGCCUUUCAUAUGAAAUCUCAUAUCUCCAGCCAUCUGACCAGAUUGUGGUUCAACAUAAUUCAUUUUGAUACUUUAGUUAUAACUAUUGGUGACAAAUACACCUGAACAGGAAUUGAAGCUGGACCCCUGGUAUCCCAUUCUGAUGUAAACAAGUUCAUGAUUGCGACAGAGUCCUGUAGCUCAGUGGUUAGAGCACUCGCUUUGCAAGUGAGAGACCUGAGUUCAAUUCCAGGCAGAGGGCGAAACCUUGGGCAAGUUUCCUCACUCCACACGCCUAAUAAUAAUCCCUCCAAAAAACAAAACAAUAAUAAAUUGGUCAUUUUCAAUUUACGACUGUUUGUGGGACAUUGCUGUGCGCAAUUGGCUGCCGUGUUCGCCCACAAAUAUACAGUCAAUUCACUUUACAGUAUAUUCUGUGAAUCGCUUUGGGACGUCCUCCCGACGUGAAAAGCGCUAUAUCAAAUGCAAGGAUUAUUAUUAGAGAUAUACCUUACACAUUCACCAUUUAACACUACCAAUGCACAUUUGACACUUACAGAGAUUGUAAAAGUGCUUUGCGUGGCCUUACUUCACUACAGGAGAGGAUUUCUGCAUGGCUUUUUUUGUGUAUAAUAUUUCCAUUUGUUGACUGUAUGCACUGUUGUACGCAGAUUAUUUGAAAGAAUCAAAACUAACCUUGGGAGAAAUUAUACAAUUUGAUAUAUUAAAACUAACCUUGGGCAUAAUUGUAAAUUUGAGUUAAUAAUCCUUGCAUUUAUUAUGGAAGUAGCUGUCGUUUUAUGCCGUAACUUUGACUGGCUUUAUUUAAUCUGUGCCUCGUCCUUCCGUCGGAGACUAAAUCUAAAACUAGUUUCGUCUGGAGAGUGCUACAGUACAAGUCUUCAGGAGACGAUUCUGUAAAUGUGUAGUGUUCCCAUUCUCAGCUACUCUUCUUUGGUAUCCAACCAUUGAAGUCAACAAAGGGCCCUGUUGAGGUUCCUACAAGUGGUCUUGUUGCCCAUUGUUUGAUCACUCCUGUUGCUUUGGAGCUGUUGGAAAGUGUGAAAGAUCGAGUGAAGUAUAAAAGAGGUGAGAGACUCCUAAUAGUGACUUCUCAAGACACGAUGGGUAUUUCUGAAUGGUCCCAUUGUUUCAUCCCAUAAUACACCUCAGACAUCGGCUCACAGCAGGGUGGAUUAUUGUAAUAACCAUCUUCAGUGUCAUAUCCUGACUGAUCACUGAGGGUCUCACUGCUGACAGCUUAUAAUUACACUCGAAAUGGUAGAGCAUGGAUGGCGUCAGUCACCCGACCUUGGAAUCACCUGUGCAGCCUUCAGUGAUACAUAUUCUGUUCAUGUUGAGAACAAAUGAGAAACAUGUUCACUUUAGUUUGAUCUUUUUUGUGCGCGAUGACUGCCCAAGUAGUUUGUAACUUUCGAGUUUCAUCUCUGUAAUAGUUUCUUAUUGUACACAAUUACCAACUAUGACUUAAUAAAGAUUUUUAAGUACUUAA